AUGACACGAAAUAAAAAAUCUGCCGAAGAUGUAGAUUCCGAAGUUAUCACCACUGAAAUUGGCUCACAGUUUCCCACAGACACUUCAAAUAGCAUUAACUUCCCCGGAAUUAUCCCUGCAAGACAGUGGAAUCCAAAUCAACCAGCCAUGGAGCUCAACAAUGAUGAUACUAACUACUACAGAUCGAGCAGAGUGUCUAAUCCUCUAGUGAAUAAUGGAGAAUUGGGCUCUAAUCUAGGCUCGAACGAUAGCUGCGGUCCAGCUAAUCACUAUAUCGAUCAAACUAAUAAUCCCCAAUUGGUUAUUUCUGCAUUUGUUCCUAAUGAAUUCGUCACCUACGAUGUCGGUGAAAAAGAAAAAGUUUAUACACCACCAAAAUUAUCGGGAUACACAGUGGACUCAGUAGAUUUCUCGUCAGCUCCCAAGACAGAAGACCGAGUCCUCAACACAAAGGAAUUCGUGUCAGUCUCAGAGCACAAGCAUGCUUUACAAGGAGACAAUUUAAACAGCGUUUGUGAAACGAUUGCAGAUUCAGCGAUGUCGUCUACAUUAUCCCUGUUAAGCCAGGCUCCUACUCCAAUCGGUUGCGCUCGGACCACCUUAGAAAACGAUUAUGGCCAGCCACAAAAUUUGAAUGCUAUUAGAUUGUCGAAUCCAGAUCGACAACCUCCCACUCAGGAAGAAACCAUGAAUGAUCCUUUGCCUUUCCCUGUAAAUCAAAUUACGUUCAAAAAACUCAUCCCAAUAAGUACUGUUGAAGAUUACCUCAGUAAUCCUGAAACAAUGACUUACGACGGAUUAUAUCAAAGAACAGAAGAUAUUGCGUUGUUAAUGGUUACUUUGCAAGAUGAGGCUCGGAAAAUUGACAAAAAGCUUCAUGAUUUUGAAGCAGCCAAAAAGUCAAAGCAACAAAUCGCCGCAGAGGAAGCCAAGCUUGAGGAGGAGCAAAUGCAAAAAGAGAAAGAUGCAAUUUUCGAAGUAUUAUUAAAUAAGUAUGGAAGCUUUGCUAGGUCAACUGUUGAAGAGUGGAUUAAUUUCCACGAAAAUUUCUAUCAAAACCACGUCGAAGAAAAUCCCAAGCAUCGUAAAAUUCUUCUGCUCCUAAGAAAUCCUCAAUAUAUCAGCGAUUAUUAUAAACGAAGCUUUGCCAAGCAAAAGGCGGAAUUAAAGGCACAUACUGUCAAAUUAGCCAAUACUAUAGAUUCACCACCUAGUAAAAUUGAACAAAAAGCUAUGGAAGAAUCAGAUAGGAAAAAGCGCAAACCCGUAAUCGAUUCCCUUAUCUUUGAUGACCGAAAGAUGACUGAUGUGUAUGGUCUUUCCUACAAAGCUGGGGAUGCAUUUGUCGGCAACCAAAUUUUAAAGGAUCGGUAUGAGAAUUCAAAAUAUGUCAACAACAUUAGCAACGUAGAUGAAAAAUUUCGUCCAAAAAGAGUCAGAGGAAAGAGAGGAAAUUACGAUACAGAUCAAUCUGAUAACACCCCUGUCGCCUCAGAUACAGAAGAAUCCCUCCCUGUCAAGCGUACUCGCACCACAAGGCUCGCAGUUGAUCGGAUGGCUUCUUCUCGUGUAUCGACAAAGAGUCGGGUACCAAGCCGUGAGUCUACCCCCAGUAUAGCACCAAAAGUUUUUGCGUCCGGAAAACGAAUUGGCCGUCCACCUGGAUCAAAAUCUCAGGUAAAACUACCCUCAAAACUCAAAUCAGUCGUUGCUGCCAGUGACGUCAUAGAAAAAAGUCAUGAUUCUCAACAAGAAUUAAUCUCGCAAUUUGGAGAGAAUAAGACUUUAGGUGAUAAAAAGAUUUUACCAGGCACAGUCGAAGAGAAAGAACAAGAUGCACUAGAAAUUCCUGCCAAGAGAAUUUACGCAGAAGGUAUGAUCAGUAAAAACUGUAUACAAAUUAAACUAGCUGGUCAAGAAAAGCAGGAAACUCGUCUUCAAAAAGAUUGCCCCGAGCGAUUGGAGGUAUCACUUUGUUCUAAACCUAAAAUUGAGUCCAAUAAAUGUAAUAGAUCUUUUGUGGCUUUGAAAUUCGACAAGAAUGUAUUCCCAUCACCUGAAGCUGAUAAAAGUACAGUUGAAUUUUCAGCGGCUCUGUCUAGUCGCCCAUCUAGUUCAUCAUCUACAGAUAUGGCCUUGAAAUUGGAUCGUUGUAACAUACGAUCUGCAAGUAACGUAAUGGUUCCAAGCACAACGCAUCAUAGUACUGUAAAAGUUAGAGGGAGAAGGAGCUGCAGAGCCACUACUGAAACACUUCCUCAAAAUGUUAAAUCUCCCCCACCUGCUAAAAAAAGUAAGAAUAGAACCAUUAAAGACAUUGUCGAUGAUUCCAAACCCUCUCAACCUAAAAAGGUUUUUCGUGUUGCGCUGAAGCAUACACCACCAAGUGCUUCUGACACGGCUACAAAAGUUUCAACUCCAGAAUCAUUAGCUCCUCCGGCCAAUGAAAUUAUAUCAUCCUGCAAAAAUUCAAACUCUCCAAUUAUGAAACAUGAACUUCACGAAAAAGAAUUCCAAAAUUUCGAAAGAAAGAAUAGUAACUCUACCGAGAAAUUACAUAUGACUUCUACUAAUAGGGAUACUAACUCCCAGCUUGUAAUCCAAGGAAGAAACGAAAACUAUAUGCAUGAUAUGCACAAUACGACGUCAUCUCAUAUAAGGAGAGUGUGUCAAACUAAAGACAGCGGCAUCAAAGAUUCUCCUGGCUCUUUUGACUCUACGGUUUCCAGUAAUGGUAUCAACAAUGGAAAUAAUAUAUCUAAAUCUAGCAGCAGAGAAACUUUUCCAAGUGUGGCUCAAGAAAAUUAUCCUAUCGUCGGAGAUUUAUUGCUUCAUGAGGGCUCAUUUGGGAUUAAAAAUAGUCUAAUCCAUUCUGUUCGAGAUACCCCUGGAAUAUACAAUAUGUGUCGUGAUAUCAGGGUUAAUAAAGCAAAUAAUAUUGGCAGUCUUCACUUAGGAAUUAGGGAUUUUACUCAUCCAAAUCCUGAAGUCUUGUUUACCACAGAUAAUAGAAGACAACAAACAUUUCCUACGCGUGAUCAAGAUUUUCCUCCAAUUGAACCCUUACCAGCUCCUACGUGUUCAUCCUCAUCGCUCCUAAUAAGUCAGCCUGCCACCUCAAAAAUAAUUACUCGGCCAAAUUUGCUUCAACAUCCCACAGUGUCCGAGCUGUGUAGAAAUCAAAUUCUCCAAUUUCCAACGAAGUUGCGCAAAGACUUAGAAACUGUUGGUGAUAAUUUUUUCCCGGAGCAAGAACAUUUCCUUUCAGAGUACGAGAGGUACCAAGCACUUACAUCUUCAACAAGCCCAUUUACUUUAGCGAAGAGGAAGCGAAAAUCUAGAGUAGAUCUCGCCUCUUGUAGUUAA